GUAUACAAAAGAGAGAGAGGACGAGAGUGUGCAAAACACUGUUAACAUUGAGAGACUGACUUCUGUUAGAUUUACAGUGAUGUUUAAAUGAAACUGUAGAGAAAAGGAGUGAGAGGAGGAGAAAGAGGUAGAAGAAGAGUAGGGGAGGGUGGAUAGAAAUGCUGUAUUUUUGCUGUUUAAACAGCAAAACAGCAGUGUGUUUUGGAAAGGGAAGGACGUGGAGUGUAGCAGUGCUGGCAGAGCUUCUCUAUCUCCAUCUCAUGCUUCACACACACUCUCACACACAUGCACACAAACACACACACAUAGCUCCUCACAGUCAAAGGCAUCUAGCCCAGAGACAGCGGCAACUCAGCCAGGUCCUGAGAUCCUGCAGGAGAGAGGCUGAUCGAGGCAAAGGGAUUUCAGCAGAGCUGACACUCAGACAGACAGACAGGGGCAGGUGCGAAAGGAAGAGAGAAAGAGAGAGAGAGGAGGAGGAGGAGGAGGAGGAGGAGGAGAUUUCUGCCCCAGCAGAACGGAGUGGAGAGGAGCUGUGCACAGCUCUACAGAGGAAUUCUAAAACAGCUGUCCGGCAGACGUCCCGCCUGCGAGAAACGUACCCUCGAGGGCUGAGAGACAGAAAAAGGGUGAGAGAGAGACAGAGAGAGAGAGAGCGCAAGAGAAGAGAGAAGACUGGGACUGCGACCCAUUACACCACCCAGAAGUUGUCUACAAUUUGGGACAGUAGCUUUUCAGGACGCAAGCCACUGCGUGAGAAGAACAGAGAGGGAUUAACCUGCAGAAGAUACCUAAACAGGUAAAGAACAACUGCCAUUAGGACCAGAACAUCCUGACAAGCCCAGUGAGGAUUGAUGACAAUUUCUCUGCAGACCUAAAACCAACCGGUCUUUGAGAAUGUAACUCCUGACCUUUCCUGAGAGGAACUCAGAUCAGCAUUCAUUGUGCAACACAGGGUCUUAGGGUUCAGAAACAUUUCUCUUCCUCUUCUCUUGUGUCACGGAUUCGCUGUUGUGAGACAGAGAUGCCAGCCAAAACACCCAUCUACCUGAAAUCUAACAACACCAAGAAAGGGAAGAAAUGUCGCCUAAGAGACAUUCUGUCCCCAGACAUGAUCAGCCCUCCGCUGGGAGACUUUCGCCACACCAUCCACAUCGGAAAAGGGGGUGAGUGUGACGCCUUUGGCGACAUGUCCUUCCUGCAGGGCAAGUUUGAGCUUCUUCCUGGGAAGGGUGGCAUGAUCCGACCUCCGUAUGGCACCCACGGCGAGUUCAUGCGAGCUAACAGCGCAUCCGAUGCCUCCUUUAUAGAGACUCCUUCACCCAUCCUGAAGAACGCCAUCUCCCUCCCGACCAUCGGGGGCAGCCAAGCUCUGACCCUGCCACUUAUCUCCACCACCAUCUUUCCCAUGACCCGGGACCCUCUGGAUGACCUGGCUGGACCUCCCACUCCUCCUGCCAGCUCAGAGGAAACAGAUGACCUGGACAUCCUUCAAAUGGAGACCCUUCUUCAGUCCAUUACCAUCUUCAGACGUGACCCCAGUCCCGUUCCAGAGGAGAUCAGUGAAAAACCCACAUUCUCUAUCAAUCUUGUGGAGAAGCCACCAGCAAAUAAGACACCCAAUCACAACAAUAUGCACAACAUUAAGAAUGAGAACACUGAGAAGCCAUUAGCGACAUUCUUCAUCAAUGGCAACAGCAACGAAAACGGCAACAGUAAUGGAACUGGCAGCUGCAAAAGCAGCAGCAGCUGCAGCAAUGGAUACAAUCACAGCAACAAUGACACAAUCUUUCAGUAUGAAAAAGAGCUGGCCAGCAUCAGUGGAGAUUGGGCAGAUAGAGAUAGUGGCGUAGAAGAGGGCCGCAUCUGUGACUUUGACUUUGAGCUCUCGAAAAGCAAGAGCCUUUCUCAGGAGUCUGUUACCCAGGUCAAUGGGUCACUGCUCUCCCUUGAACUGGACCUGGGCCCCUCCAUCCUGGAUGAAGUACUCAAUAUCAUGAGUAAGCCCGAGCCUUGAACAGUGCUACUGAAAGAAGUAUGAAGAGGAAAUGAGAGACUUGCCAGUCAAAUCAACACGUAUGGUGUGCCGUAUAGGUGUUCAGUGUUGGAAAUGAACUGAAGAGGCAAACCCUUCUAUAUUUCUCUAAGUAUGUUUUAUCCUCAGCUUUGUCCUUCUUGGCUUACCCAUUGUUUGUUUCUCUUGUAGUGCAGGGCAUGGGAGAUGCAUGCUUUAUCAAACUAAGGCAAAUUACACACCUGCCAUUGUGCCUUUUCUGUCUCUGUUAGAUCAAGAGUUUGAUGUGCUUAAAUACCAGUUCCAUCAUAGGUGUAAAUAAAGGAGGUUCAUUUUAGUGUAUGCUGUUGUUCACUAAUGCACAAUGUAUUACGAUAAUCGAAGUAAUAAUAUUUCUCUAUGAGACAUAUGUACAGCUGUGUGAAAUAUUUCCAAGCUUAGCCUGCAUCACAAAACUCAAUGUACAGAUAUAUUUAUACUGACUAUUCAUUAACCAUGCUAAGCAAGCAUCAAAGCAUAUACCUAUGUUUUUACUGUGUGGAGCUAAAUAUGAAAUAAAUGAGUAAAUGAAUAAA